AUGGAAAUUUUGCAAAAUUUAUUGAUUUUGGCGAUAGAAAACGAGAUAAUUUAUGCGUUUUCACGAGAAAAUUUGCAAUUAUAUCGAUUGAAAUGGCGCCAAGAUUUCGCAAUUCAAAUUGGAAUGUUUAUAAGUUUCAAGAGAGUUGAGGGAUUUUUGAUGGAUGUUGAGAAGUUGAUCGAUAUUCGAGCACCAAAUGAAAAAGAUUGUGUGCAAAUUGAAAACACUGAAAAUGGACCAAUUGUGAGUUUUUUGGGCGAAAAUAGAUCACAAUUUCAUCAUCAAAACAAAUUCAAAAAUCUCUAGAAAAUAAAAAUGUGGCAUUGGAGCGAACUAACACCAUUUUAAAAAUAUUUUACCGUGAAUUUUUGGCAGCCACGUGGCAUUUUUGAGGCGAAAAUUACGAAUUUCCAACAAAAAUCCAUCUAAAUUUCUCCAAAAAUUCGCUUUUUUGCAGAUCGUCUUGAAAUCGUGGAUGAUUUUCAGCCAAAACCAAAAUUUGCGAUCACACAAAAUGAAUUGCGGUUUCUCGGAUUGGUAUGGAUAUAUUCGAUGUUGUUACGAUUCGUUGCGAAAGUCCAGAAAUUCCAUUUUCGUCGUCUCGAUUACAGUGUACGUUUUUAGCGCGAAAAUUCGAAACUGUCAUGAAAACCCUAAUUUUCAGCGACGAUCUGAAAUACGAUCGAAAAUCUGGUGCUUGCCUCUUCCGUCAACACGGCCGACACGUUGGAAAAAGACAAUUCGAAGAGAAUUAUAUCAGCACUUGUGAGAUUCUAGAAACCGAUUUGAAAGAGAGACAAGCGCUGGAAUCGGUUCUAGACGUCGACGAAAUCAAAUUGGGACCGAAAAUUUCGAAAAAUCAGGAAAAGUUAGCCUAAAUUCAUGUUUUUCCGCUUUCCAACAAACAAAAACAAAAAACUAAUUUGGUCGAGCAAACGCGCUCCAGCGAACCGGCGGGAAGAGAAAAAGAGAAAUGGAGAAAUAGCACGUGCCAUAUGUUUUCUUCCCGUUUUCACUUUCAAUUCUUCGUUACCCCUUUUCAAUGCAUUGCUCAUAUCAAUUGUGUUUAGAACACACCUGACGAGACGUGUCCAAAAGGGACACUGUACAGAAAUUUUCAAAAGCCACACUGUACAUUUUUUCACGAAAACGUGUAGUUUUCAUUGAUUUUUAGCGGAUUUUGAUGAAAAUUUCCGAAAAAUUACAAAUUUCACACUGCACAAUUUUUUUUUGCAAAAAUUUUCACGCUGCACAAAGAUUUUGGGACACUAUCUCGUCAGGUGUGGUUUAGAAUUUUGCAAAAAUAUUCGUAAUGUAUAUUUUCCGCGAGAAUUUAUGUGUGUUGUGCCGAAAAAUUGUUUUUUUUAUGAGAAAUACGAUUUUUGAGCGAUUCUAUGGUUUCCCCGAGCAAUUGUUUAUUGAUUUUCGGAGCGUAAAUUUGAGCUAGUUAGUCAUGUUUUUUUGGGAGCAUGACAAUAAUUUCAAAUUUUGUGUGUUUUUGAAAAAACUUUAAAAAAUCAGAUUUUUAGGUUGGAAAAUUCAGAACUUUCUUAUAAUUCAAUUGAAGAUUUGAAUUUUUCUUUAAUGCUAGAUUGUGUUCGCUGGAGCGUGUUUGCUCAUUUUUAAUGCAUUUUAAUUAAUAAAAAUCUAACAUGUUUCACGUUUUUUUUUUAAAUUUUCUAACACAAUCUGUCAUUUUUUGAUUGACAUUUCAAAAAAUAAUACGAUUUUUGAGGAAAUGAUAACAAACGGUGCUUUUUAUAUAAAAAUAAUCAGAAGCGAACGCUUUUUUAAACUAAAAAUUCGAAUUUUCGAUGAAUUUUAUAAUUGUUCGGUGGAGCACACUUGCUUUUUUACUCAUUUUUCCGUCAUGUUGAUUUGUAUUUUUCGAAUUUUUAUCAAAUCUUCGAUUUGUUCGCUGGAGCGCAUUUGCCGAACCACGUUUUCAGCCAAAAAUCCCCUAUUUUUACAGAAUAUUAAUGGCCAAAACUGCAGUCGAAUACAAAAUCCUCGUGCUCCGAUUUGACCUCGAAAAUAAUGCGAUUUUUGGUUUCAACAAAGUCAAGCGAUGUUUAAUGGUUGUCGACGUGGAAAAUGUUGUAAAUCGCGAGAUUUUUGAGGAUAUUCGAGUCGGAGGAUGUGUGAAUUUUAUUUAUUUGGCGACCAAAAAUGGAUUGUUGAUUCCGGAAUUGGGAAGUGUUUCGGUGGACAAAAAAGAGAGGGAGGAUGAUGUGAUUAGUGUAGAUGGAGAUUAUUUAAGGGUAAGUAAGGGAUUUUGGGCGAAAUUUGCGAUUUUUUGAGCCAAAAAUCACAAAUUUUGGACAAAAACUGAGGGUUUUAAUCCCCAAAUGUUGUUUGUUCCAGAUCCAAACGAUGAUUGCAUUCUCCUCAAAUCCCAAUCAUUUUACCAACUCAAAAGAAGUGGCAUUUUCCGAUUAUUAUGGAUUUAUUGAUUUUUCGAGUUACGCGAAGUCGAAAGCUGAUUUUGAAUAUAAUGUUGUUUAUGACACUAUUAUUGAAGUGUGA